AUGAGGACUUUUCUGGAGCAAGGAUAUUUUUUUCGGAUAAAUUAUAUUCAAAGUUUCCUUUUUUGGUUAUUAUUUAUGAGAAAGGGCACGAGAGUUGAAGGGUUAAUAAAUUACGGUAGUAAGUUUUUCGAGUACACCACCACACGAACGUUUGGUCUCCUCACCGAUCCACCUGGUGAGAUCGACACCCGGAGGUUUAUUAAGCUUAAAAGAGGACCUCUGACUGGUCCUAUCACUCUUUUUGAAAUUAGAGUCGUGAAAGUGAGUAUUGAGAUUAGAGUCGUUGUGCGACGAGUCGAGAGGCGUAGAACCGAUGCUGGUGGUGAUGAUGGAGGUGAUGAAGGUGGUGAGCGUGGUGGUCAUGGCAGAGCGUCAGGUGGGACGCGUGGAGGCACGUUGACAAAAGUGCCGAGGGAUGGAGAGUCAGCAAAGGCCUCAAGCACCGCCGGCACAGGGGGAACACGUGCUGGUGAGGGUUCCACGUGUGGUAGCAGCAUCCCGGCGACCUCGAGACUAGUUGGUGGUCCCUGGUCCCAGGGCAGUUCAUCAUCAUCAUCACAUGGCAAUUAG